AUGGAGGCGGAAAGGCUGAUAGUGCUGUUCGGGGACGACUCGGUGGAGGUGCACUACGCGGGGGGGUCCCGCUUGCUGCUGUCUCCUUGCGGCUCUGAGUAUCUGUACGAAGCGGCGCUCCCCGCGGCCGCCCACCCGCUCCAGCCGGCGGAGACCACCCGCCAGCGGGUCGCUUUUGUCGUCAGUGCCUACCGGGAACAACUUCUACGAGCGCUAGAUUUCCGGAACGCGUUUUCUUCUCGCCCGUACUUGCCUUCACGUCUUAUACCUCCAGAAAGAAAAAAGAUUCUUCUCAGUGAUAUCUCAGAAAUUAAAUGGCCUGACCCUGUGACAGCUGAUCUGACAAGAUGUUUAGACAAUGGCAGUGUGAAGAUCUCAUCUGUAGAUGGCUAUGCUCACCUUUACUUGUCAGAAUUGCAGCAAGAAUUUACAGUGGAGUUCUUAUGCAAAGUCAGCCAGUCAUCUGCGGCAUCCUCAUGCUCCUCUGAAAAGAACAGCAACUAUCAAAGUGGAGAUCAGUGUGGAAAACCAAGUAAAAAUUCUGCUGCAGAAGUCUCAUCAAAACAAAGAAGGAUAGAGAAUAGGAAUAAUUGUGGUUGUGCUGAAGGUAGGUAUAGGGAACCAGCCAAACCAAAGGACCAAAAAGAUGGAGAUGGAGUGCCUUUGUUCCACACAAGUUGUUCUUCUGAAUACACAUGGGUUACACAGCGUUGGUCUGUUUCCUUGUGCCCAGAAGAAUGGAAAUACCCUUUGUCCUUGGCACUAAAAUGCUGUAACUUACAUACUGUGGAGAAUGUAAUAAAGACAUAUGAGACAAACAGCUGUACAGCUGUUGAAGGUGAUGUUUUAGCAGACCCUGAAACACAUGAGACAGUGUCUUGUUUACCCACAGCUUUGCCACUCAGCUGCAGAGCCCCACAUCUACACAGGUGGGCAUUCUGUGACUUCUUUCAGAAUGAAGAUACGGAGGAGUAUUCAUUCCAUCAGCUAAUUCAAGUUGUGUGGUGCCAGGGUGUUUUCUACAGAUUUAUCCAUGGUAGGACAAACAUCAUAGAAAUUUAUCCUGGUGAUGACUCAUUUUUCAAGUCAGAGGGAGAAUUUUUGGGAAAAUAUUUUGUACGUUAUGCAAUCCAAAAAGGAACAAAAAAGAUGGAAGAAAAGAUGUAUUCAGUGAGCAGCCUACCUCCAGAUGUGCCCGGACAUCCAUACUCAAUAUCCUCCAUUAUUACUCAGGCAAACAAAAUUCUUCAGUAUUGCUGCAAAACAAAACUGUCCUUAAGUCAUAAUUAUUAUCUCUGCUGCUGGAAAAUGGUGUCUGAGACUGAUGGACGAGAAAUGUUGCCAGUUUUGCUGCAUGAAAAGGUUAUUCCCAGCACAGGAAGACUGGUUGUGUACUCAGAUCAUAAAGUCCAUGCUGUUUUUUGGGAUAGGAUGAUCCUGACUAUGGUUUGGGAUUUCAGCUCUUCCUGUAGUGAGAUCCAGAUAAAUGAAGAUGUAGGCUGGUGUAAAUUAACUACUCCUGAUGGGCUACAGCAGCUAAUACAAAUAAGUCAUCCUGGAGUUUAUGAAAGGUACAUCAGAACAGCAAUAGAAUGGUGCAGAAGUUUGAAUGAAAGGAAGGAGAUUGCUGAAUAUCCUGUACACUCCAUAACUGAAGAAAAUUGGUCUGCUGAUGCUGAGCUUGAAAAAAUACAGAGAUUUAAUUUUUUAUUAGACAGUAGCAACAUUCUGAAAAGAUCAUCUGCCACAAAAUCCAAUCCAUCUGGUGUCACUGUCAGACAAAAAGAAAAUGGGUGUGAGACAGAAGAACUCAAUGAGGAUUGUGUCUCGGAGGCUUUGGAAAAAACUUCUAAAGUCAUUAAGGAUAUUGAAUCUCUGCUUGCCGCUUCUGGGAGGUGAGGCCCUGUGUUCCCUGUCCUCACAGGAGCUGUCCCAGCUGUGUCUGAGGAGGCUCUGCAGGGAGACAGGAAUGAAGGCUGAGGCCAGAGGGACAGGCUGCCGGUGUAUUCCUGGUGAAGUCUGUCAGGUGCCAGUGUAAUAUCAAUAAUAACGCCAGUGCUGUAUUUAGUAUAGGCAAAGAAAACAGUUGCGAUAAUGGAGCACUGCUGUAUAAGUAGAUCAGGCCUGACCUGACAGUGCUGCUUUUAAUGUUUGAAUAUAUAUUCGAAUCAACUUGAUUGAUGGAUUGCUGCUGAAAUGGACAUGGGAAGUUUCCACUGUAAAAACGUGCUUUUGUUCAGAUGCUCACACCAAGAAGUCUUAAUACUGAAUAAAAUGUUUCC